CUGGUUCCGGCUGCGGACCACCACGGGAACAGUCAACAAGGUGACUCCGAGGCGAUCGCAUAUCCUGGCCUGAUUCAGGCCGACCAUGGCUGUCGACGUCCAGUCGAUCCUCGCGUUCGGUUUCUCGAUCGUUCUUUUGUCGAAUUCGAUCGAGCCGCGACCGCAACGCGGUGAUUUCGAAUUUUCCGUGCAACCAGCGAACAACACGCCCUCGGCUAGACGGGAUUGGUCCUUGGAGGAAGGAUCGUGGGAUGGGUACGAAGACGAAGAAGACGAAGCCUGCGAUGAAGAUAAUUUCACAGGGAAAUCUAGAUCAUCGUUUUCUGAGAAUACUGGAAGAGGAUUCUCUUUUGUCGAUAUGUUCGAGUCGGUGUUCUCAGCGGUGUCUAACGGCAUCGGUUCCAUCGUGGCUAGUAUAAUUGGUCCGGAAAAAAUAUCGAAAGCACGAUCCGCAAGAGUGAAUUACAAAAACUAUCAGCUGAUCAGGGUGUACCCUGAUUCUGAGAGUCAGGUGAACGAACUGAGAGAACUCAGGGACGCCGAACCGGAGGACAUCAGGUUCUGGACGCAACCGUUCUACAACAAAUCAACCGAUCUAGUUGUUGCUCCAGAUCUAGUUUCCGAUCUGAAAACAUUCCUCAGGGAAAGAGGGAUCGAUUUUAAGAUACUGAUACCAAAUCUUCAGAAAACGAUAGCACACCAGAAUCCAAGGAUGUCGAAGGAGCAACGCGAGGAUCUGGUCACUAGUCAGGGACACAGCAUGACUUGGAAAAGGUACCAUCGAUACGCAGAAAUCGUCAGGUACCUCGAGUACCUAGCAUUCAAGUACCCCAGCAUGGUGGAGCUAAUAACAAUAGGGCACAGUUUCGAAGGACAACCAAUCAAAAUGGUGAAGAUCUCUACCGGCCCCAACAAAGAUGGCGAAGCGAAGCCUGCGGUAUGGAUAGACGCGGGCAUGCACGCGCGAGAAUGGAUCGGCACAGCCGUGGCGACCUACAUAGUGAGCCAGUUAGUCGAGAGGAACUCGAGUUACACGAAAUUGCUGGACAAUUCGGACUGGAUGAUUCUGCCUGUCGCGAAUCCGGACGGCUACGAGUUCAGUCACACCGGAGACAGACUCUGGAGGAAGACGAGGAGUAAUCAUGGCGAGGAUCAAGACGAUAGUCGCCUCCUGCGACUGGUGAGCCACUAUGCUAGGUGGUUCUGGGGGAAAUGCGAAGGGGUUGAUCCAAAUAGGAACUUUGGCUACCACUGGGGCGAGAUGGACGAGGGCGGCGCGAGCUCGGACCCCUGUCACGAAACAUACGCUGGCCCCCACGCGUUCUCCGAGCCGGAAACGAAGGCAAUGGCCGACUAUAUUCUGGCUAACAAGCGAAACAUUAGAAUGUAUCUGACGCUGCACUCUUACUCGCAAAUGUGGCUGGUCCCGUGGGGAUACACGUAUUCGAAACCGUCGGAUUAUUCGGAGCUGGCGGGCGCUGCCAAAAAGGCGAUAAACGCGAUUUCGAAGAUACAUGGCACCGAUUAUCAGCUCGGUCCAUCGGCUGACCUUCUCUAUCCCACUUCAGGAGCUUCCGAUGAUUGGGCGAAAGGUGUGGCUGGGAUAAAGUACGCGUACACGCUGGAGCUUCGAGAUCGUGGUACUUACGGGUUCCUACUUCCGGCAUCGCAAAUCGUGCCGACUUCCCGCGAAAUUUGGGCGGGGAUACGAACGAUCGCUCGGCUAGUCACUUGCAACACGUGAAAUUGUAGGGAAAACUUGAGAAUUAAUUAAUUAAUUGUCCCGUAAGAACGACUCCACGUAGGAGAGAAUUGUAUAGAAAACAGACGUGCGUCGUCUCGCACGUUUCCAACCGAAUGAAAAUAAAAUUCACCGACGAGUAUCUCGAUCUAUGUGUCUGGACUCAAGAGCUCGGCUCGAUCACGUUCCGAUCGUUGAUUACAGUAAACUCCGUUUGAUCGUGCGAUCGUCGAAUGCGUAUAAAGUUCAAGAGUCUAAUCUCGGAUCUUUGUUAAUCAGUAAAUUAUCGAGAUGAAUACGAGAUAGGUAAUUUUAAAUAAUUUCUAGUAACUGCGCUAAUGAUCGAUCGUGUAAAUAUUGUAAAGUAUAGUAAUUUAUUAUAGAAUUUAUAUUAUAGAUUUUUAUGUAUAUUAUAUAAGUGACCAGUAUAUUAUCUAAGCGACAUCUGGAACAAUGUAAAAAUUCAUGAAUAAAAAUGAUGUAUCGGAUUCGAGUGUGAUGGUCUGUUUGUUAAUUGCUGCUUGAAUAUCAGGGUACACGCUCGCUUUUAGUUGUCACCGAGAGCUAUUGUUAAG